AAAGGCCUUAUUGCUUAAACAUCACUGUCAUGUGAAGACUCAGUUAGGAACAGGUGCAAUAAUUAUGUUACAGUGGACUACCUUAAGGUUUCUCUGUGCUUUGACUUCACCAGAGAGCUCCAGCUCAGACAAGUUUUCAUUGCUUCAAAGGUGCUGGGUCUGUGCAUAGCCACAGCAAACCAACCCCAAACACAAAACAUCUGAUCUCUGCGUCAGAGCCUCUCCAUCCUCAUGGGCUUUUUCCAUUUCUCUCUCAGCCUCAGGGAGCCUGAUCUUCUUGGGCUCACGUUGUUCUUGUUGGCAUCCUCAAGAUUCUUGGAGCCACUGUCAUGUCAUCACUUUUUUCAUAUACGCGACAUGUGGAUGAUGGUGAAGAGGAGAUGUUAAUGGCAGAAGAUCACGGGCCUGAUUUGAUUCAUCCUCAUGAUUUUAGGAGGCAAUGUAGCAGAAGUGAUUUAGCAUACAGUCACUGCAAGGAGGAUGAGAGAGAGCAGCUGGUAGCCCAUGAGAGUUUGGAUUAUUUGCCUUCACACAGUGGAGUUUAUAAGAAGUGGCUACAAGAGAAAGCAUACAGAAAAGAGUGGGAUCGAUGGCUGCUGAUGGGGCUAAUAGGAACAGCAGUUGGGAUGCUGGGGUUUUUGACUCAUCAGAUAAUUGACUCUCUCAUCACAUUGAAAUGGGACCUGGUGGAAAAUUACCUGAAGGAUGGCAACUUCCACCUGACGUGGGUGUGCAUGCUUGGCACCGGGCUGGCCAUGAUCCUUGUGUCCUCGAGCUCAGUGCUGUUCUUUUGUCCAGCAGGUUCACCGUCUGGCUUGCCAGAAAUCAUUGGGUAUUUGAACGGCACUUCUAUUCAGCAUCUUUUUAAUAUCAAGACCUUCCUAGGGACGUUUGUCUCAUGCGUGCUAGCUGUAGCAGCCGGGCUCUUCUGUGGGCCAGAAGGUCCCAUGGUCCAUUUGGGUGCUAUCCUGGGUUGUGGCCUGAGCCAGCUGCAGUCGGACACCCUUGGCAUCCACCUCCCGUUCUUCACCAGGUUCCGGAAUUCAGCUGACAAGCGCAGUUUCAUUACGGCUGGUGCGGGAGCAGGGAUAGCUUCAGUACUUCGUGCCCCCAUUGGUGGGCUGUUGUUCACCCUAGAGGAGGUGUCUUCCUUCUGGAACAUCAGGUUGGCCUGGCAAACCUUCUUUUGCUGCCUGAUGGCUACCUUCACCACGGAUUUGCUGUCCUCUUCUCUUUAUGGGUUUGUUUACAGAGGCCAUUUUGGAUUUUUUGAAGCAGAGAAAAGAAUUCUGUUUUGGGUUAAGAACUUGCUGGACAUGCACGUCUUGGCCUUCAUUCCAACCAUCCUGCUUGGAAUGCUUGGAGGUCUUCUGGGAGCUCUCUUUGUUUCCCUAAAUAUAAAAAUUAAUAAGUUACGUAUGCAGUUCUUUAAUUCAAUUCCAAAAUCAUCAGUUAGAAAAACAAGCAAGCUGUUGGAAACUGUGCUCAUCCUUGUAUGUACAACGACUGUUACUGUAUAUUUACCGUAUUUCUUUCCCUGCACUCCAGUCAUGAAUGUGAGAGACAACCAGCUGAGAAACAACUCAGAAAUCAGAAAUCUGUUCAAGAGGGAAAUUUCAGAAUAUGGUUGUUCACCAAGCACAUCAUGGAUUGGUCCAGAUGGAGUCAGAUAUUCUAAUCGAACGUUCAAUCAAGCUGCUGCGCUUCUAGUUGAAAAUGGGAAGCAAGGGAUCACAUAUCUUUUUAAACGUGGGACUCAUGAGGAAUUUGGAUACACAUCCCUCUGCACUGCUUUGGCAUUUUAUUUCAUCCUCAGCUGCUGGACUGCAGGUUCUGCUGUUGCCAGUGGCCUGGUUAUUCCUAUGCUGUACACAGGAGCUUUGUAUGGCAGAAUAAUUGGUUUGAUUCUUGUUUCCAUUUUUGGUGUUCAAACUAAUGAAUACAGAGCAUGGAUUGAUCCAGGUCUGUUUGCUGCCAUUGGAGCUGCCUCCUUUUUCAGUGGAGUGUCAAGACUAACUAUCUCACUCACCGUUAUAAUGGUAGAGAUCACGAAUGAUGUCCAGUCCUUGCUGCUGAUAAUGCUGGCUGUCAUGGUGGCCAAGAUGGUUGGUGACUUUUUUAACGCGUCCCUGUACAGCUCCCUCCUGAGGCUGAAAUGCAUUCCCUACUUGGAUGUGGAACCUAUUGUUCAUCACAGGAGAAAAUGGUUGAACCUGGAAUUGUUCUCUGCCAGGGAUGUCAUGGAGCCUCACGUCAGAGUCCUUCACCUAAAGGAAAACAUUGCUUCCUUGGCCCAGCUUCUUGCAAACACAAACCAUGGUGGAUUCCCAGUGGUUUGCAGGCCCAAGCCAGACCAUGCAGAGGUAUUUCAGGGAACUAUUAAAAGGCUAGAGCUGUGCAUGCUGCUGGAAAAUGAGCACAUCUUCGAACCAGAGACAAACUAUGAGUCUUUUUCCUCCUCUCAUUCUCUGUCCUAUGAGAAGAUAACAGUGGAGAAGCUGCCCAAUCUGUCGCGCCUAGCCAUGCUGCUGAAUCGCUACACUACAGAUCCCCGGUAUCAGCAACUCUUCAUCAAUCUGGAGCCAUACAUAAACAAAUCGGCAAUGUCAGUCCAAGCUCAUUUCUCCCUGCAACGCACCUAUAUCAUCUUUCGCACCCUGGGGCUGCGCCACCUCACCGUUGUUGACCCGCAGAACCGAGUGGUUGGGGUGAUCACCAGGAAGGACCUGAUGCCUUUCCCCUUGGAGGAGAGGCUCAGGCUCCAGCUGGCACCACAGAGCCCUGACACGGGGGAGUAGCCCCUGAAUUUAAGGCCGUGGAUGCAUUCUCAGGCUUUGUCACUUCUUUUUGAGCCCAUCUUCUUCUUCGUGAAAAAAAAAAUCUGAGCUUUUCCACUUGA